AACUCCUCGCUCAAACUGGUUGAUCGUCCUGUCCUCGACGUUCCUUUUUUCUCAACACUACAGAACACUUCCUUCUGUCCUUCAGCCCAAGCCCAGUCGGGAAGGAGCUGUCACAGGCGAUCACCUCUCGGAACCAGCCGCGAUGGCACCGGACGCACCGAACUGUUCAACUGUUGGCUACUUCUACAUGACCCGCUAG